UAGUUUAAUUACGAGUGAGCGAAACAAGAAAUUCAAAAACGUGCUGUUCUUUUGGCAUGGCAUUGCAUGCAUGCUUCUGUGCAAUUCUCAACUAAUCUCAAGUUUUAGCAUAAAUAUUGAAAUAAAUUUUGAAUAAUCUCUAAUCGGGCUUAUUUAAAAAAGGUUUCACAAACUCACUAGUGAAGAGAAAGCAACGGGAGGAGAAGAAGGAAAAGGAGCGAUUUCGAAUUUUAAUUAAUUGAUUUCAACAAAUUUUAUUCCCAUCUUUUACCAUUACGUUACUCGAGAACGUGGAGCUUUUUAAAUUAUUAAAUUUGACGAAAUAAGAAACAAGCCAUUCGACACCAAAAUCAGCAGCAAAAAGUGUUUUUACAGAAAAGAAAGGAAAUAUUCAAAACGGAUUGCUUGAUUGCCAAUUGUGGAUCUCAUCAUCACCAUCAUCUUCGUCAAGACGAACGAAGGCUUCCCAUUCCAAAUACGAAAAGUCUCAAAAUUACCUUUUUUAGGAAUUUCACUCGUCUCCGCCAUUGAUUUCAUUGGCGACAGCGACGGUGAUAAUUUUGUGGUGGAUCUGUAGUCCACAUCAUCCAUUAAUGUCCGCAUUAUCGGAAUCGUGCUCGUACAGAACUCGUAUUAUAAGCAAUUUUAGUACAUCCUCCCCAGGAGAAAGUGAACUGGUUAGUCGUAAACUGGAAGAAGCAUUUUCUAUCAGUUGGAUCCGGAUCAAGUUAAAGUCUUACCAAACGUCAUGAAAGAGGAGGUGUCAGUAGCAGCGAAGUUUCUCAUAAAAGUCGUCGAGAAUGGGUGCAACGGGUCAUUGAGUCAAGAGCAGCUUGAAGGUCUCCAGGAACGGUUGGUCGAGUUAUUAUGUUCGCGUUUUGAAAAUCAUUGGUUUCCCGACAAGCCAAACCGAGGACAAGCAUUUCGGUGCAUCCGCGUCAACGAAAUGGUCCGAAAGGAUUCCAUCAUAGAACAAGCCGCCUCAGAAAUUGGACUCUCAUACGAACAACUACAACUCCCAGUCGAACUUACCCUAUGGGUGGAUCCGAAAGAAGUUUGUUGCAGGUUUGGUGAAAGCCAAGGCUCCUUUUGUAUGCUCGCAAACUUUAAGAAUGGUGGCAAUGGAGAAGUCUUUUUAGAUCAAGUAAACUUUGAUGAGAUCAGAAAGAAAUCUCAAGAGCUCCGUGAUAAGAUGAGCCAAGAUAUGAUAACUCGGAAGAAUGGACGUCGGGGUUUCCUAGCUAUGGGGUUGAGCAACCGGGUGGGGGGUACAACGACUCCGAAUUUUAAAGGGAAUCGUCCCUUCGGACAACCAGGGGGUCAAACCGUGGGAUUCUCAUCUCAUCACAACGGCAACCAUCACCACUCUCACCACAACAACAACACUACCCACCACGCCCACCAUCCAAACCAUGUUCAUCAUGGGGGAAAUAUGGGCCAUCAUCAUAAUAGCCACACCCCAAGUCCUGCCGCAGUUUCUUGGUACAACUCGGUGAAUGGUUCGAAUGGGGUGUCUGACAUGUUCUCGUCCAGUCCUCCCAAUCCCAACCAUUUUUAUGGGCUGGCAAAGUUCUCACCACCGAAAUAUGGUUAUGGCAGUCCAUCAAAGUGGUCUUCGCCGCCGCAUCAUUCCUCGUACGGCCCGCCCCUUCCUGCCAAGGGGGGUGACAAGUACCACUGGUUCAAUAGCAACAAGGCCACAAUUAAGGCAUAAACCCGGAUUAAGCUUUUUUUAAAUUUUCUUUAAUUCAAUUAUUCAAUGGCAUGCAUCAUCAUCAACUUCUUCAUCAUCAUCAUCCGUUAAGAUAUGAUACGGUUUGAUGUCCGUAGGUAGACAAACUCUUGUUCUAUUGAUGAACUCUUAUUAAAAUCUAAUCCAAAACGUACGACUAUAGAUAAUAUAUAAAUAUAUAUACUGCUAGAUUUGAUAAUAUAUGUAGUUGAAUGAAAAUAUAUUUACUAUUUCCAACGAUCAUCGAUAUAAAAUCACGACCCCUAAGACUUCCAUUAAACGGCGGGUCUUUUUAAUAAAUAUUUUAGACUUUUGCAUAAGUAUAUUUACAAAUUAAAAAUACACGUAAGAGGAGGCGGGGACUGAUGCUCACACUGAUCUCCGUAGUAGAAGGAACUUCAACAAAAAAACCUGACUCAACUAAAGCAAACUGCUAUUUAGUAAAAAUGAAAAAUAAGCCCGCCCGCCUUUUAAUGGAACUUUUACGGUGAUUAAUUUAGUCUUAAGUCUUAACAUAGUAUUAAGUAAUAUAUAGUCUUGUGUAGAACCAAAAAAACCAAACAAAAGCCGUCGCCAGCCAAAUAGAUUUUAAGAAGUAUAAAACGAAAAACCCUAAUGUUCACUUGUUAUUGCUUACUACAAACUACGACCUUCUUCUGCGAUUUCGUGUACUACAUUAGUAUAAAUUGCUACCUUUCAGGUGGUAAUUUAAUACGCUAGAUUGUAGUACUUUCUCCUCUCAUCAGAUACAAAAUGGAAAGCACGAAUUACUAAAUUGACUAUACUAAACUUUUCAUACACUUUUCACAGUUUUUCACUAUUUCGCACAAUUUGAAAGUUGAAUGGAAAAAGUUUUUAGCAACGCCAAAUGAUUAAUAAGGGUAUAGAAUUCGGUAUUCGUAGUUCAAUUGUGUUAUCUUGUGCAACUCUGCUUCUUUUUAAAAACUGGAACUCUUAAAAUCAUCAAUUUUUUUAUCCAUCACAUUUUUGAACUUUUAAGAAUUCUAGCUUUGACUUUUAAUUUAUGUUCACUCUUUUGAAGGUGUAACAUUUGAGAUAAGAAAAAAAUUGUUCUACUUAACUCUGUGAAAAUUCAAUAUUCAUAACACGUAACGGAUAAUUAAAUUAUUUAGAUACGAUAAAGUUUUAAAAUUUUUACAAAGUUGGAAAUUUUAAAAUUUUGCACCGCAAUUUAAAUCUAAUCAACAAAAAUCUCUAAAUAUAAAACAAAGAAUUAAAUUCAACGGCUAUAUAACGAUAUACUCGAUUCUCGAUUUGGAAUCUAUAUGUAAUGAUACUGUGGUAGGUCAGGUUGGACAAAAAAUAUUGAAACCUCAUCAAAAUGAAUAAAGGUGUUUUAGCUAAAAGGAUAAAAAAAAUAUAAAAAAAUACAGAUUUACCCCGAAAUACUACCAUUAUAUUACUAGAUAAAAUGACCUAUUAAAUUAUGUGUAAUAUGUUGUUAUUAAUAAAAGAAGGUAUAAAAUAUAAUGAAAAAACGUGCAUGGACGAUGAUGAUGUACUAAAUAUAGUAUGAUAGAAAUUAUUAAAAAAGAGAAAAUGGUUAGCAGCAGACUUUAAUUAAAGCUUAUAUUAUUAUUAUUAUAUUAUACUGACGACGACAAAAACCGAGAACUGUUAACUAUGAACUAGUGUGUAAGGAUGAAUUUCGAGUUUAAAAUCGAUUGAUUCCACAUGCAUUUUGUUAUCUCUGUCAUUAAUUAGUUUAUUAUUAUGUAUUCAAUUUAAACCAUAUUUUAUUCCGUUUAUUAAAUACUUACUGCAACGUG